GUUUCCGCGUAAUGAACCUUAUUCAAUUCUAGGCACCAAAGUUGUGAAUGUGAACCCACCCCACCCAUUAUUAACUAAUGCUUUUCUGUUCUCUUUUCUCUCUCUCCACUCUCCUUCCUCAGCUUCUGCUCAUAACAAACAAACAUAAUGUCUAGCAAGUCCCCAGACCCUCAACAUUUCAGUGACUAUGGCUUUGACCCUCAAAUCAACUAUCUCCAAGUUUUGGAGGAAGCCAUGAAGCACAAGCGUGACACAUCUUCAUCUUCAUCAAGAUCCAUAGACUCCAUACACUUCAAGCUUCAAAAGCCCAUUUCCAAGGAUCAUGACUCAAGGACCAGCAGGCUUCACAAGCCCGCCAAGAAGAAGCGCUGGUGGAGAAAUGCCCUCUUCUUCUUCAAGUUCAGGUGGGCCCACCACCACCAUAACAUCAACAACGUUAAUGAUGUUCACCAGGCCCGGGCCAGGGCCUUCAGGGCCUCAAUGUCAGGCCCGGUGUACUUGACGGAGAGCAGAAGCGGGUCCUCCUCCCCUUACUACCGUACUGCCAGGCGGCCGUCCUCUGGGCCCCUGGCCGGAACCAUGAUGCCGCCGGCGAAGGGUGACGUGGAAACACCUUACCUGAGCCUGAGGGACCUGAACAUGGAGCAGCAACAACUCCAACAGAGGGUGUCCACCUCAGCCAAGCCCAUAUACUUGGUCACGUAAUAAUUAAUAAUAAUAACACACUAAUUAGGUUGUUCUCCUUACAACUUUGAAAAAUCUAAUGUCUUAAUAGUUAGCUAAUAUUAACGGGCAGGGUUUAGCUCUCUGGAUUCUUGAUGAUGUCUCUUGCAUUUAUGUUAGUUUGGUAUAUUUUGGCUGAAAUAAUUGUGAUAUUUUUACUCACAUUAUUAUUUCGUUUCCUAUAUGCAUUAUUGUCUCAUUUUAGAUCCAUUUUUGUGUCUCUUAAU